AAAAAAAUGAAACGUUUCGAACGGCGGGGCACGCUGGGAGCUUCCCAAACCCUCAACCCUCAACUCGCACGAAACAACCUUCCUCAGCCUCAACUGCACCCUUCACCGUCGCCUUCACACCCUUCCAAUCCCAUGCCGCGACCUUCUUCCUCUUCUUCUUCAUCUGUUCACCACUCUCCAUCCAUCCAUCGCGCGUCUCCUUCCGGCGUGCAUCGCUCCGACACUAUUGUCGUUCCUUCCUUGCCUCCCAUUGCCGUCGAGCGUGACACGCCUUCGGUACGCCGCAUUACUCCUUCUCACUCAAACGGCUCCGGCAAGGAGAGCGAUGCCGAUGCUGACGCUGACGGUGAGGUCGACGAGAUCGACGCCGAUGGCGAUGUUGAUAUGCGAGAGUCACAGGUUCGAGCAGUGGGGCUUGACAAGUCAGACAAGGCGGACAAGGAUCGAGCGAAGAGUGAGGACGCUGCCGCUGGGGAGUCAGGGGAACCUGAAGAGAGCGUCGUAGAUGACCUGCUUGAAGCGGUAGAUGCAGCCGAAGCGAGAGGCUGAUGAACUAUUCUUCUCCUCUCUCUCUCUCUA